GCCGGGACAUGGGCGGCCCCGCCGCGCCGCCACCGCGGGGGCUCCGCGGGCUCCGGCCGCUGCUCCUGCUGCUGCUCCUGCCGCUGCUCCUGCUGCUGCCGCCCCCGGCACAGUGCCUCAAAGGUGGUGCUGUGACUGUCCCAGAAACACUGCUCUUUGUCUCCACGCUGGAUGGGAACCUCCACGCCGUCAGCAAGAGCACAGGGGACAUCAAGUGGACGCUGAAGGAUGAUCCCAUUCUGCAGGUGCCGGUGUAUGUGGCAGAGCCGGCAUUCCUUCCAGACCCCAAUGACGGCAGCCUGUAUAUCCUGGGAGGAAAGAACAAAGAAGGCUUGAUGAAGCUGCCGUUCACUAUCCCGGAGCUGGUCCAGUCCUCCCCGUGCCGCAGCUCGGAUGGGGUGCUCUACACCGGGAAGAAGCAGGACACCUGGUUCAUCGUGGACCCCAAGUCAGGGGAGAAGCAGACCACCCUCUCGACAGAGGCCUGGGAUGGCCUGUGCCCAUCCAGCCCCCUGCUCUACAUUGGCCGGACCCAGUACGUCAUCACCAUGUAUGACACCAAGUCGCGGGAGCUGCGCUGGAACGCCACCUUCUCCGAGUACUCGGCCCCGCUGUGCGAGGAGUCCUGUCACUACAAAAUGGCACACUUGGCCUCGAGUGGGGACGGGCUGGUGGUGACCCUGGACAAGGACAGCGGGGAGGUCCUGUGGGCACAGAACUAUGGCUCACCCGUGGUCGGCAUCUACAUGUGGCACCAAGACAGCCUGCGCCGCAUCCCGCACCUCAACCUGGCCAUGGAGACCCUGCGCUACCUGACCUUCCAGUCACAGGACAUCCAUGUCCUCAAGUGGAGCUACCAGUCCAUCAAGGACUUUGCUGCCACCAAGACCCAGCUGCUGCCAGCACUCUAUGUGGGGAAGCAUGCAACCAGCUUCUACGCCCUGACCUCGCUGGUGCACGGCAGUGUGGCGCUGGUGCCCCAGGGCAUCACACUGGCCAGAAUCGAUGGUCCCACCACGGACGACGUGACCUUGAGAGAGUCGGGGGAGUGCGAGAUCACGCCCAGCACCGACGUCAAGUACCCGCAGGGCAGCAUCACCGCGCUCCACAACCAGUGGCUCCUCAUAGGGCACCAUGAGCUGCCUCCCGUGGUCCACACCACAAUGCUGCGAGCCUUCCCGGAGAACCUGAGGAAGACCACGGAAACCAUCAUCCCCAGGGCUCCUCCUGCCAGGACUGUGUUUGAUGAUUUCCUGGCCCCGAGCAGCCCGGAGGAGCCGGCUGUGCGCAGCGAGGGGCAGCUCCAGCCAGACCCCGCACCAGGGGAGCAGGUGGAGGUGUAUCCCGAGGGCACCUGGGACCUGGUGAUGGCUGGUGUUGGCACAGCUCUGCUGGGUGGGGGAGUCCUGCUCCUCCUGCUCAUGAAACUGCAGCGGCAGCACGUGGCACAGCAGCAACAGCUGGAGGAGCAGAUCCAGCUCCUGCAGCAGCAGCAGGAGAUGCUGCUCCCAGGCCGGGUCUCCGGGGAGGGUGUCUCUGCAGGGCCUGGGAAGCCGGGGCUGAACCGAGGAAGCACAUUGGAGCUCUCGCAGAGCUCCGGCCCCUCGGCCCCCCUGGAGGACCCGGCAAAUGGGAUGGUGAGCCCAGGUCUGGCUGUCCCAGAGGCUGCUGCAGAUGCAGAACCAGACCUGGUUGUAGUUGGGAAAGUUUCUUUUAACCCCAAGGAUGUGCUGGGCCACGGAGCUGGCGGAACUUUUGUCUUCAGGGGGCAGUUCGAGGGACGGAAUGUGGCCGUGAAGCGGCUCCUGCCCGAGUGUGUCCAUCUGCUCGACCGUGAGGUCCAACUGCUCCGGGAGUCGGACGAGCACCCCCACGUCGUCCGCUACUUCUGCACCGAGAAGGACAGGCAGUUCCACUACAUUGCCAUCGAGCUCUGCUCUGCCACACUGCAGGAGUACGUGGAGAGCCCCAGCUUCAACCGCCGGGGGCUGGACCCAGUGUCCCUGCUGCGUCAGACCAUGUCCGGGCUGGCCCAUCUCCACUCCCUCAGCAUUGUCCACCGUGACCUGAAGCCCUGUAACAUCCUCAUCUCUGCCCCAAAUCGCCACGGGCAGAUCCGUGCUGUCAUCUCAGACUUCGGCCUCUGCAAGAAGCUUCAGGGGGGACGACAGAGCUUCAGUCUCCACUCUGGUAUCCCUGGCACCGAGGGCUGGAUCGCGCCCGAGGUGCUGCAGGAGGCCCCGAAGGAGAACCCUACCAGCGCCGUGGACAUUUUCUCAGCUGGCUGUGUUUUCUACUACGUGGUGUCGGGGGGGCAGCACCCCUUUGGGGACAGCCUGCGGCGCCAGGCCAACAUCCUGGCAGGCUCCUACCAGCUGAGCUGCCUGCAAGAGGAGGCUCAUGACAAGCUUGUGGCAAGGGAGCUGAUUGUGGCGAUGAUCAGCCCUGAACCCCAGCACCGGCCCUCAGCCCCUGUGGUCCUUGUGCAUCCCUUUUUCUGGAGUCAGGAGAAGCAGCUGCAGUUCUUCCAGGACGUCAGCGACCGUGUGGAGAAGGAGCCGGCUGAGGGUCCCAUCGUGUCAGCCCUGGAAUCAGGGGCACGAGCAGUGGUGAGAACCAACUGGAGGAUGCACAUCUCCCUCCCACUGCAGAUGGACCUGAGGAAGUUCCGCACCUACAAGGGGGGGUCAGUGCGUGACCUGCUGCGGGCCAUGAGGAACAAGGUACGGUCACCCUGCUGCCCUGCCCCUGCCAUUCCACUGUCCCUGUUGUCUCUGACCUCACCCUCUCUCCUGCAGAAGCACCACUACCACGAGCUGCCAGCCGAGGUUCAGGCAGCCCUGGGCUCUGUCCCCGAGGGCUUCGUGCAGUACUUCACCUCCCGCUUCCCGCGGCUGCUGCUGCACACACACGGGGCCAUGCGGGUCUGCGCCCACGAGCGCAUCUUCCACCCCUACUACUGCCAGGGGCUGCGGGGCGACGGCGCCUGAGGGGGACACGGCACCGCGAGGCUGCUGCGGCCGCUCCUCCCGGCCUGUGCCCACAGCCCCGGGGGCUCUGGGGGUCCUUCUCCCUCUCCCCGGGGCCAGAUGGGUGCCCAGCAUACGGGGCAUUACCAGCAGCACAGUGCGGAAGAGGUGGGCAAAGGGCAGCACUGUGCUUUCGCCUGGGGUCCCCUGAGCCCAAGAGGGACCCUCUGGGCACCCACCUUGCAAACACUCACAGUCAGACUCAGGGGCCUGAAGGCACGUGGGUCAGAGAACAAAGAUCUCUCUGGUGUGGACUGGGUGCUUGGAGAAAGAGGAAAAUGCACGUUGUGUUUUCCCAAGGGCAGUAGCAGUGAUGCCCCGGCACAGCGAGGCCCUCAGGCCGCACUGGUCACGGUGGGAUGUUCACUGGGGAUCAGAGAGCUUUGUCCAGGGCAUUCUCCUGUGCCACAUGCCUGGGAACACAGCUGUUUGAGCUGUGACCAGGACCAGUACCCCAGUCUUGACACUGGAGCUGAGCCCUCAGCCCCACUGUGAGCUGUGCUCAGCCAGGCAGCGCUGAGCAGCCACACCCGACUGGGACCUGCCUGUUGUAUCCAGGCUUGCAAGGGCACAGCCCUGCAGCACUUGGGGGCCUCCAGCACAGCUCCCUGAAUGAAGGUUUGAAUCUCAGCUGGGCUGAGAACAAGGUUGUCUCCCUUUCAAUCUGUGCCUGUGCCAGGCCUGAGCCCCUGAGCAGGUCACACAGCAGUUUGGGAGCAGUUGUCUCUGGGCACAAAGCAGGGAACUCACUUUUCCCGAGGGAUCCCUUCCCUCAAACACAGGGCUGUGCCUGAAGCUCCCCCAGCCUCUUCUGCUGCCCCGGGCCCAAGUCCCAUGGGUGCUGUGGUUCAUGGCGUGCCCAUGGGCACAUGUUCCCCAUUAGCCAGCCUCCAGUAUCGACUGGAUGCACAGGCACAUGAAGGCCCAUGGCAAAGUUCCUCUGUGGAACAGCAGUAGUUUUAGUCUGAUUCCUGUGGGUGCUGGGAUGUGGGAUUUUGUUACAUAGGUAACAGGGUUUGUACCUGGUUUCUUUUCAGAAUAUGUUUAUACAAAAUGUUAUAAAAAAUAAAAACUAAAAAGCU